UUUGGUUACUUAAAUUAAUAGAAUCGUUCAACAACUAUGAAUUAUCAGAUUAUAUAAAAAAAUUUACCGAAAAAGAGAAAAUAUGGAUGACAAUCGACUGUAUAGAUACUAUCAAUCAUCCGGAUAUGGCUGGAAUGCAGUAGUUUACAAUUUUUUAAUAUCGGAUAAAUAUUUAAGGACUUUAUUUCAUUUAGGACCAUAUUGUGGUGCUAUAACAACAAUCACAUGUUUUCUCUUCGUUGUUAUUGUUACAUAUGCAAUAUCGAGUUGGGCCAUGUUUUUAAUAAACACGAAGAAAUUCAAUGAAUUACACUUUGCAGUAGAGGAGAAACUACCAAGAAAAGAAAAUAUUCUGCAAGUUAGACCAGCUUACAAUUGCUUAAAUAAACAUCUUCAGCAAAUAGCCAUCUUCCUGAACAAAACAAAGAAAGUCAUUUAUAAAGAGCAAUUAGAAGUCGAAAUUAUGAAUAGCCGAAUAAAUACCAUGAUAGAUCUUCUAAAUCCAGAGAAAUCACAGUGGGAUCAUACGAGAUCACCAAAAGGAUACUUUCGAGACGUAUACACACCUCCGAAGAAAUAAACAAUCAUCAGUUUAAAAAAUAUAUUAAUAUCUGUCAAAUCCAGAUUAAAUUUUUUCUAUAUAUCAUAGAAUAAAAAUCAUGAAAAAUUAAUCAUAAAUGGUUCGAAAUAGUAUUACUUCCAUAUG